AUGGCUCACAAUGAUGCGUGGAUCAGCGAUGCGUUUUUAACUCAUUUAGGCGUUGCAGAUGGGAAAAUGGUCGAAUACGCUAAGGAUAUUGCAUCCACUGCCAAAUCAACAGAAUCCCUCUACUCCAAACUGACCAGCCUCGGUUUCCCAGCUGGCGCAGAUGUUUCCAAUUUCGCUGCCCAUCUCUACAGUGCAGUGCCCAAGAAAUCAAAGCACAAGCAUUCAUUCAAUUUGCACGAAUCAAGGGACUCUAGGAAAAAGAAGGAGCGACUCGCCGUUGAUCAAAACUCGCAAAGAUACGGUCUUCUCUUGGAAGAUGACAACGACGACAACGGCAACACUCCCAGCACCUCCAAUCUCCCAUCUAAGAAAAGAGACAAAAAAUCAAAGGAUAAGCGAUCUUUUAGAAGGAGAGAUGACGACGACGCUUGGAAGAGCGAUGACGAGGAUAAAUCCCGAAAGCGUGCGAGAGAUAUCUCCCCAUCUCCUCCCCAAGGUGGAAUAGAUGACAAUAUUGAAGACGAGGAUGCUAAGGAGAGAAGAUUGGUUGAAGAGGAUGCUCGAGAGCGUGAUGAAUUCGCCGAGCGUAUGAAAGACAAAGACCGAGACCGCACCAAGAAGCUCGUCGAAGAUCGCACCAAUGACAGCGAGACAGUGCUACGAAGGAAGCUCGCCGACGAUAAAGACGCGCGCAAAGAAGCUAUGCCUGAUCUCCGUCUCCGUUCGCGCCAGGAAUACCUCACUAAGCGUGAAAUGCAGCAGUUGGAAUUACUUAAGAAGAGCAUCGCUGAUGAAGAGUCCAUGUUUGCUGGGGUGGCCAUGUCCAGGCAAGAAAUUGAGGAACUAGAUCGCAAGAAGGCUGCACUCGCACUCGCUGAAGAACGUCUCAGGAUUGAUGACAAAGUUGACGGUUACAUGCUCCCAGAUGACUAUAUCACCGAGCAAGGUAAAAUCGAUUCCAAGAAGAAGAAUAACGUUUUAUAUGCACGCUAUGAGGAGGGCAAGAAGGGUCAGGAUCCUUCUGAGUUUGUUACUGAUGUCGAUCAGUGGGAGAAAGAGCAAACUGAUAAGGCUCAGCUCACUACCGGUGCCCAAGACAGAGAAGUGACUGUAGACGAUUAUGACUUUGUCUUUGAUGAGUCCCAGACAAUCAAGUUUAUCGCCGAUUCCACCCUCUCAGGCAACAAGAGACAGACAACCGAACAAGCUCAGAUGGAGGCUUCCAUACAGGAGGCUGAAAAUAGAGCAAAGUCCAUCGAUCAAGUCAGGAAGUCUCUCCCUAUCUAUGAUUACAGGGGCGAUAUACUACAGGCUGUCCAAGACCAUCCCGUGCUUAUCGUCUGUGCAGAGACAGGAUCUGGAAAGACCACUCAACUCACCCAAUACCUCCAUGAAGCGGGAUACACUAAGAAUGGACGUAAAAUUGGAUGUACGCAGCCUAGACGUGUCGCUGCAAUGUCUGUUGCUGCCAGAGUGGCUGAGGAGAUGGGUAGCAAGGUUGGAUAUGAUGUCGGAUAUUCUAUUCGGUUUGAAGACAUGACGACUGACAAAACUAUGAUUAAGUACCUCACUGAUGGUAUGCUUCUUAGGGAAUUCCUCACUGAACCUGAUCUCGCUAGCUACUCGGCUCUCAUCAUUGACGAGGCGCAUGAACGUACACUCUCGACUGACAUUUUGUUCGGCUUGGUGAAAGACAUUGCUAGAUACAGACCUGAUCUUAGGCUAUUGAUAUCUUCCGCGACGAUGGAUGCCGAGAAAUUUAGCGAGUAUUUUGAUGACGCACCGGUCUUCUAUGGUGAGUCAGCUUCAGAAGAGAUUGAGUCGGUAACUGAUACGGCUGCAGUACCCGGGCGUCGCUACCCGAUCGAUAUUCACUACACACCGCAACCCGAAGCCAACUACCUACAUGCGGCGGUGACAACGGUGUUUCAAAUUCACACUACGCAACCGCGGGGCGAUAUUCUCGUCUUUUUGACUGGUCAGGACGAGAUUGAAGCUGCGGCGGAGAAUAUACAGGAGACAGCGCGUGUGCUUGGCGACAGGAUACCUGAGCUGCUCGUGUGUCCCAUCUACGCAAACUUACCUUCAGAAAUGCAGGCUAAGAUAUUCGAGCCGACGCCGCAAGGUGCACGCAAGGUGGUGCUUGCAACUAACAUUGCCGAGACGUCUAUCACGAUUGAUGGUGUCGUUUUCGUCAUUGACCCCGGUUUCGUUAAGCAAAACGCUUAUAACCCCCGCACUGGCAUGAGCAGCCUGAUCGUAACGCCGUGCUCUCGUGCAGCUGCUAAACAGCGCGCUGGACGUGCCGGUCGUGUUGGCCCGGGUAAAUGUUUCCGCCUCUACACCAAAUGGGCACACAAUAACGAGCUCGACGAGAGCACUGUGCCGGAAAUUCAACGCACUAAUCUGGGCAUGGUCGUGCUUAUGCUGAAGAGUUUGGGUAUUAACGAUCUUAUCGGGUUCGAUUUUAUGGAUCCUCCGCCAGGAGAGACUAUCAUAAAGGCACUCGAGAUGCUCUAUGCACUUGGCGCACUCAAUAGCAAGGGAGAGCUAACUAAGAUGGGUAGAAGAAUGGCGGAGUUUCCGGUCGACCCUAUGCUGAGCAAGAGCAUAUUAGCGAGUGAGGGCUACGGGUGCACGGAUGAGGUGCUCAGUAUAAUCGCUAUGCUUUCCGAGUCUGCCUCUCUGUUUUUCCGCCCUAAGGAUAAGAAGAUGCAUGCAGACAAAGCUAGACAGAACUUCAUCAAGCCUGGUGGAGACCACUUUACGCUGCUGAAUGUAUGGCAGCAGUGGGCCGAUACCGGAUUUAGUCAGCAGUGGUGUUACGAGAACUAUGUGCAGUACAAGGUGCUCUGUCGGGUGCGAGAUAUUCGAGAUCAAUUGGCAGGACUGUGCGAGAGGGUGGAGCUCUUUGUCGAGAGCAGCGUGAAGGCUGACGAUAUCAUACCCAUCCAGAAGGCCAUCCUGAGCGGCUACUUUUACAACACCGCGCGGAUGGACAAGGGAGGCGGGUCGUAUAGGACGCUGAAAACCAACCAGACUGUGCAUAUACACCCGACUAGCUCGGCAUUCAACAUGCAGCCGCCACCUCGACACAUGCUCUUCUACGAGCUCGUACUCACUUCGAAAGAGUAUAUGCGACAGAUAAUGCCUAUCCAGUCCAGCUGGCUGGCAGAAGUCGCACCGCACUACUUCACGUCGCAAGACCUCCAGGACCUUAACACGAGCAACAGGAAAAUGCCCAAAGCGGUAGGGAAGUAG